AUGCUUCGUUUCUUCGUUUUUAUUGCUUUUCUUCAUUGUUCAUGUGAAGCUGUUAACUUCGAAUUGACUAUAGAUAUUGGAAUUGGAUCUGGUCAGAAACCAACUGCUUCUACUACUACUAAGGAUUCAUAUCAGGAAGCCAACUCAAUAGCACCCAAUAAUACUACUAAUGAAAGCAUUAAUGAAGUAGAAGCACAAUUGACUACUGUAGCACCGAUUGAAACGAGCAACUUUACAGUGAUUGAUACUAGUUUUGGUGAAUCGACCAACAAUACAAGAGAAGAUCAGUUCACUAUUAUAGAUUCUUUUCAAGGAGCGAGCACUGCAAUAGUUGAGAAUACUUUGGAGAACUUGAAUAAUAAUACUUGGACAGAACAAUUGUUGACAACUACACCAUCAACAACAUAUGCUUGCUCGUCAACAUUGAAUUCUACUAUGCUUGAUGAUCUGAAGAAUGAAAUUAUUAAUACUAUUAUUAGCGCUCUGUCACGUGAUUUCACCACCCAAUUGGCAGCACUCGAGACGCGUCUUUCAACCUUGAAUUGCUGCUCAAACGAGCAACUACCUGCUAAAGUAGAACUCGAUUGGAUCAUAUAUGAAAAUCUUAUUGUUCCAUUGAACGGAUGGACCCUUGUUUUCAACCAACCAUAUAGUCAUCGGACUCGUAGCAUUGAUCUUGUUCAAGUUGCUGGUGUAUGCCGAAAUGAAGUAAUUGUUGCUGCUUCCAUCAACGGAUCAAUCUUACUGGCAGCUGUUGGUCCAGCUAGUGUAUUGACAACGAAUACGACAUGGAAUCAACCACAAAAGUUUGGCGAUGUUUUCUGGUAUCGUACGUCGGGGAAAUCAUUUGGUUUUGCUCCAACGUUUACCAUUCGACAAACUCAAGGAGAUAAUGAGGAUUUGAGCAGUUCUCUUCGACUGAGUUGGCUUCUCGACCAAGAUCUCGGUGGCUAUCGAGCCGGUGUUACACGUUCACUGGCCGAGAGCUCUAUCUGGUAUAAAACUAUCUAUUGUAACUAG